AUGAUACGGCCACUGCUGAUACUAUCCCUGGUGCUACCGCUGUCCAAAGCAUUCAACUGGACUGCAACCCUUUGCCCAGCCCAGUCUCCGCUCAUCGACGCCACCAUAGCCAUCAUCAAUCAGUUCUUCACGGCCGAGUCUGACCACCUGUACUUUCGCCGGCGGGCGACCGACAAACGCAAUGUCCUCAUCCAGUACGAUUUGAUCAGUGAAAUUUUGCCCCGGAUCGAGCUGGAGAUUUUAGUACAACUGGAGACGAUCCAGGCACAGGUGUUGAACCAGUCCCGAAUACACAAUGUGUUCUUCGUAGAUGACUACGAAGCAUUCGGUCAGAUCAGCGACAAAAUGAGAAUCCGAACGUACGACUACACUGGGUACUUUCUGGUCAUCGUGACUGAUUCAUCUGAGAAUAGCUUCAACACGGUGCAGCAGAUCAUGGAUGAACUGUGGUCACACUACGCCGUAAACGUAGCCGUCCUGUUGACCUACAAGGACGCCCCAGGGAUGGCAUACUACUACACGUUCUUUCCGUUCGGAAAAGGUUAUUGCGAGAAAGUGCAACCAUUGCUGUGGAAGAUUUUCAGAGACGGUCGUUUCGAAAACCCUUCCAGGCAGUUCUAUCCAGAAAAGAUGAAGAACUUCUAUGAAUGUUCGCUGAAGGUGGCUACUUUUGACAUACCUCCAUUUAUGAUGCUGGUAUAUGGAACCAAUGGGAAAGUUUCACAUCUCGAUGGGAUCGACGGAAUCGUUACGCGAGUCUUGAGUCAGAGGCUAAACUUCACUCUGGACGUCGUCGUUGUGGAUCCUCCCGAUUGGGGUGUAACAGAAAUGCUCGGCAACAACACUGGAGCUUCCCGGUACGUGCGAAAACGACUUGUGAACUUCACCGUCGGAUACUGGUCCAUGACCUAUCGCAGAAAUCGCUACUUGGGCAAUACUUUCACCUACUACACGUCUCUCAUGAGCACCAUCAUACCUCCAGGUGAACCGUACAGCUCCCUUGAACAACUAGCGCUACCGUUCAAAUACAUCAUUUGGUCCUGCAUUGGCACGAUUCUCCUGAUUGCAAUGAUUGUAAUAACCACCAUCAAAUUCCAUAGUAGUAUCGUCCAGCACUUCGUUUUCGGACGCUUCAUAUCAACUCCCGUGCUGAAUACUUUCAAUAUCUUUUUCGGUGGAUCACUGCACCGUUCACCGGUUCGGAACUUCUCCCGUACCCUGCUUGCGUUCUGGCUCUUCUAUAGCAUCUUAAUUCGCACUUCCUACACCGGAUCCCUGUUCAAGUUCCUUCAACUUAAACCGAACAAAAGUACCCCGCAGAUCAUACCGAAUUUCAUCGCCGCUGGUUAUCACAUCCGAAUGACUCGCAACUUCAGCUACAUGUUCGACGCGUUCCCUGACGUUGUUCCCCAUCUUCAACAGUCCAAUCUUACCCAUUUCCACGCCAUAGAAAUUGAUGAGCUGCAACGACCGACCACACGCUACGUACUUCUGGCUCCGAUUGAAACGAUUGCCUAUUUGAACCGGAAUCUAACCAAACAAGGCAAGCUACUUCGGGUGAGCAGAGAUCGGGUGUAUUUGUCCAAGCUAACCAUCUAUACCCAACGUUCGGCACCGAUUCUGCAUCCGUUCAACUACAUCCUGGGACAGCUAAAUGCGGCCGGACUGAUCGACCAGUGGGCUUCGGCUUUUUCGCAAACUGUAUUCCUGAAGGAUUUUAUCGAGAACAACGAACCGAGUAGAUUGACCGUUUCGCAGAUAACCGGAUGCCUGGAACUGUUGGCGUUCGGGCUGGGAUUGAGUUGUACACUGCUCAUCGUGGAGUGUCUUGCGGACAAAUGGAAACGAGGACACCGGCGACGGGUGACUUUUGUUCUCUGA